CGGUUGACACUGUGGCUAGUACUACAAAUGCGCAUUCUGCGGUCUGUAGCAGAGUACGAACCAAAAACCCUUUUCUCUCGACUCUUCUUUUUCUUUCUUAUCCUCCUCCUUCUCUUCUUCCUCGAGAUGGUUAAAGGAAACAAGCAAACUACGAAUACUGCCAUGGAGAUUAGGGAAAUGCGUGCGCUAAUCGAGAGGAUGUUCGGAGAAUUGAAUGCCAGACAGGACAAGUCUGAUAUAACGAUUCAAGAGUUGAAGGAAUCCAUAGACUCGUUGAAGAAACCUGACGUGAAUGCUUCCUCUGCCGUCUGUGGAAACUCAUCUACGCCUCAGGAGGAGAAUAUGAAGGGACGCGGAAAAACCCUAACCGCCACUAAACCUAAGGAGAGGCGAGCCUGUUUACAUUGUGAUGAAAAACUGGCUCAUGGCAACAAAAAGCAAGUGUAUCUAAUCGAAGAUGAAAGUGAGGAUGUUGCUGAUAUUCCAUCUGUAGAUCCUGUGACUACAGAGAAAGAAGAAAUACCCAUGAGAAUAUCUAUGGAUGCUGUAGUAGAAUACUCUAAGCCAUACGAAGGUUGCUGUGUGACUGGGUAUUAUGGGAAGCGACCCGUGAAUAUCCUAAUUGGUUUAGGGGGAACUACACACAAUUUUAUCGAUGAAUCCUUUGCGGAUAAGUUAGGCUGUGACAUAUUUCCAAUCAAGCCUCGACCUGUUAUAACACCUUUUGGGACUGUUAUUGUGACCUGCAGAGCAUGCAACAACUUUCAAUUGUUGCUGAAAGGCGCCAUGUGUAGUGUGGAUUUGUAUUUGCUUCCAUUGUCGUCAAAUUGUGACAUGGUAUUAGGAUAUGAAUGGCUAAAGACGUCCAUUGGUGGUGGGGAAGUUAAGAUGGAUUCUAAGGGUAUGGAGUUUCCUUCCAAGGUAAGAAACACUUUUUACCUUUCAACAACUCAGUUGAACGCAGCAAGCGCUGAGAGUCUUGACAAAUUUGGAAGGAUUGGGACCUCUAAUUUCACAUUGCUAAUUGACCUGUUUUAGAUCUUUUUUUCAGUUUCUGUUUCUGCAAUUUUUAAACAAUUCUCCCUCUACGUGAAAGUAAAUGAACUACUACUUGUAUUCAUCCUUAGUUCGUUAUCUACCAAUUGUGUAUGUCAUUUUGAGAGUUGGUUGUUUUUACCAGCCUUGCAAGUUAUGAAUUCCAUUAAGUUUUUGCUUCUCUA